GCGAUGAGUUCUGACAACGUCGGGUCGCCCAAUGGCGGCUCUGCGUCGACGUUUGCCGAGAAGCACCGGCAGCGUACGGAGAAGCUUCGUCAGGACAAGGACAGCCGGCGGGCCAACGAGAUAGACAAGAUGACCAACGAGCGGCUCGAGAGAGAGCUCAAGGCCAAGGGCAUCCCCACUUUCGGCACCAGGCAGGAGAGAGCGGCGAGGCUCAAAGUGGCCUGCGGUAUGUAUGCUACUCCCAAGUGAACCCACAAACACCCGAGAAGCACACACACCUGUAUUUCCCUAUGUGUGUGUGUCUGUGGCACGCGGCCUGUAGGUCUGCCCGCCAGCAGUGAUGCUGAUGAGAAGAAACCGGGCAAGGCCAAGAAGGGCGGCGUGGUGGAGGAGAUCGAGCGACUCAGGCAGCAGAGAGAGCAAAGACGGCGCAAGAUGGAGGAGGACCGCAAGACCAAGGAAGACGAAAAGAGCCACAACGAAGCCAUGGGCCUCCCCGGCGACGUCGACUUCCAAAGGAUGGUCACGCAGUUCCGGACCGAUUCGAAGAGCGGCAAGGCCCUCUCGCCCAUCAUGGGACAGGGGGCUGGGGGGAAGGGCUCGUCGCAGGCGGUGGGCAUCUGGGUGUGUGUGCGAAAGCGGCCUUUGAACGACAAGGAGGUGGGGCGGCGGGAGAUCGACACGGUCACAGUGGUGAACCCCAAGUGCCACGUGCACGAGUGCAAGUUCAAGGUGGACGGCAUCACCAAGUUCCUGGAGAACCACCACUUCGCAUUCGACCGGACCUUCACCGACUCCACACCCACACAAAGCGUAAGAAACAGACACACACAUAUAUUGCCGAAUAUGGAUGGGCAGAUUCAUAAGCCAUAAGCCAUUCGGUCGGCCUUUGUCUCGUGUGAUGUGGUCAGCUUCACGAGUGCUGCAGCAGGCCAUUGGUGGACUUCGCGCUCAGAGGGGGCGGCAGGCGUGCCACCAUCUUUGCGUACGGCCAGACGGGGAGCGGCAAGACCUACACGAUGAGAGGGAUGCAGUCGCUGCUGUGCUCGGACCUCUAUGACGGCCUAGAGGGCAACCCCCACAAGGACGAUUUGGACGUGUCGGUGAGCUUCUUCGAGAUCUACGGAGGCCGCGUCUACGACCUGCUCAACAAUCGCCAGAGGCUGCAGGUGCUCGAGGACGCUAAGCAGGAGGUGAGGUGGGUGGUGUCUGAAGGGUCCGUCAGGAGCCGGCGGGGGCGUGUUCUUGUCUGCAGGUGCAAGUGCAGGGUUUGUGUGAGCGGCCUGCCAAGAACGCCAAAGAUCUGCAUGACAUCAUCGGUAAGCUAGCUAUGCAUCACACCUACACCGUGGCGUCGGUGUCUCAUGCCGCGCCUCACCCCGCAUGCAUCCGUGUGGUGUCUCGUCUCUGCGUGCAGAGUAUGGGCACUCAGUGCGCACCACCAAGGCCACAUCCACCAACGCAGGUAUGCAGACCAGACACACGUCAGUCACAACAAAAAAAUGGAAAUCAAGCGCCGCACCCGUGUCCCUCCAUACGUCUCUGUGAUGUGCACACACAGACUCCUCCCGCUCCCACGCCGUGUGUUGCAUCGCGCUAAAACUGCCCCGGACCACCCCGCUGCCCAGCCCCCCCGAGAGGAAGCAGCUGGUGCCGCAGCCCCCACCCGACAAAUUCACAGUAUAUUCGAAACUCACACUCGUCGACCUGGCCGUACGGACGGACACUUAAGCAAUAAACAAACAGACACCAGCCAGCCAGCCAGCCAGCCAGAGACAAUUCAUUCAUGUGUGUGCCUCUGUGUGUGCAGGGCAGCGAGAGGGCGCAGGACACGCGGCACCACAACCGCGCCAGACGAGUCGAGGCCGCAGAGAUCAACCGCAGCCUCCUCGCACUCAAAGUCAGUACGUCACCUUACACACACAGACAGAGAAUGGAUGUCUCUCUCUCUCUCUCUGUCUCUCUGCAGGAGUGCAUCCGUGCAUUGGCUGUUGAGAGCUCCAGUGGGCCGCCCGCUAGCCAGGCUGGCGCAUCGCCAUGGGCGUCACCGUCCGGAGCUGGGGGUGGGGCGGGGGGUGGCAGCGGCUCGCACAUCCCGUUCAGAGCGUCCAAACUGACGAUGGUCCUGCGGGAGUGCUUCGUGUGCAGCGCUUCCCGCACACUCAUGAUCGCAUGUGUAUCACCAGGUGGGUCGGCUGCAGACGUCAGACAUAAAGUCGAAUGUGCGUGUGUGGUCUGGCUCCAUCCAUCCAUCCAUCAGGGAUGGCGUCGGCAGACCACACGCUAAACACAUUGCGUUAUGCGGCGCGGCUCAAGGAGACCCCAGACAGUCCCCAGCCAGCAGGCGUGGCGGGAAGCUCCCCACGGCCACCUCAGUCGGCACCUGCGUCACCCGCCGUGCAUCAACCACCCGAGCCAACAGGUAACGAGUGCAUUGGCUUAGACCUUGCCACGCGACAUUGUCCCGGCUCGGUUGGUUCAGAGGCCGGUGGUCCCGGAUUUCGUCUGCCGCCUCGUGCAAAGUCCAAAGCCGCGGUCGCCCCCUCGUCCCCCCCAGCCCCCCGCCCUCCCCCUCCCUCCCACCCGGUCAGAGAUGCCGACCGGGUACCCCUCUCGCCGAUACCCCCACCAAGAGGGUCCAAACGGGCCGCCGGUGGAGCUGCGAGUCCGCCGCCCCCCGCACCAGGCCCCGCCCCCAUCCCCCACGCGGCAUCGUCCCCUGCACCCUCCUCAUCCACACACGCACCGGGGAGCAAAUCGCCACCAGAGCCAUCCGCUUCGUCAGGUGAGACACGGCCAUGUACUCUGCUGCUAGGGAUGUGAUGUCUGUCGGUGCUGCUAGGGGUUCCUGAGGCGGAGAGUGACGCGUCGCCCAACGAGGGUGAGGAGGAGACGGAGGCCGAGGGAGAGGGAGAGCCUGAGGACGGGAGACACCUGGCGAGGGUGUCUCGGGCUGACAUGGACUUCCUCAAAGAAUCGCUAACGAAGCAAGGGGUGGGUGGGGUGGCGCAGAACACACAGAUGUGAGGUGCAUGAGAGGCUCUGUGUUUAUCCAUCCAUCAGAUGGGGGAGGCCUUGGCCAUCACGGACUCGGAAUAUCUGGAGGUACGGACACACAUCCAUCCAUCUGUACUGCGAUGGACACACGUAUAUGUGUCUGUCUCUCGUGUCAUCUCUCACAGACUGUGGAGGAUUUGUAUGAGUGGGAGGAUCGCAUCACACGGACACACAUGAGCACCAUGAAGGUGACAGACACCCACAGCCAGCCAGCCAGCCAGACAGACAGUAUGUGGCCUGCUACAGGAGGACGCCAACAUGCUCACCAUGGAGGGCGAACUCAUGAAGAAGGUAAAUCAACAACAACUCGCCCAUCCACAACUGUGGUCAAUUGCUUGCGCGUCUGCGUCAUGGGCGCAGUUCCAAGAUGACGAUGGGUACGAGCUUGAGGACUACGUGGAGGACAUUGAAAAGAUUGUCGAGCGCAAGGUGCAUCUGUACAAGGGCCUGCUCAAAACAAUCAGCAAAGUCAAAACCAUCAUGCAGCAAGAGGAGACGUCGUACAAGAAGGUGUGCUGUAUGUGGCCGAUGGUCGGUGGACGUGCCUAUGCGAUGGAUCGUUGUCUCGGUGCGUGGCUGUGUGCAGGCCGAGCAGCGAGACAACAAGUGACUUCACUUAAGGGGCGUGCCUUCCGGCCAAAGGCUGCCGUGACGCCGUGGCGCUGCAGUAGCGAGAUCUGUAUGUCUUUCUUCUGCUGGUCCGGCAGUGUCUCGAUAUGUGAAUCAUCGAUGUGUACACAUUGGCGAUCAUUUGGACAGUGUGACGCGCUGUAUGUAUCGUGCCGUGCCGAGUGGCCAUGACGCAAUGACGACGACUCUGCAUGCAUGCGCCCAGUCG